GUUAGUCCAUGAGCCGGUCGGAGGUGCUCGGGUGGGAAGGUGCUUGGAGUGGGAGCCGUGUUUGUCGCGUUUACCUUCACAAGGGAGCCGUCUGACAGGACAGGUAGCCGCUUAGAGGCGCGGCCGAGCUUUACUCCGGGUAGCCGUCGCCUCUCAGCAUGGAAGACACCAUGUACGUCCCUGCUGACCUUACUCCUGAAGAGCGUAUUGAGUUGGAGAACAUCCGUCGUCGGAAACAGGAACUGCUUGUGGAGAUCCAGAGGUUGAAAGAUGAGCUAAGUGAGGCUAUGAAUGAGGUGGAAGGCCUGGAAGCAAACGAAGGAAGUAAAACUUUGCAGAGAAAUCGUAAAGUUGGCAUGGGAAGGAAGAAAUUCAACAUGGAUCCUAAAAAGGGUAUAGUUUACUUACAGGAAAAUGACCUGCUUCGUAACACCCCAGAAGAAAUAUCACGCUUUCUUUACAAGGGGGAAGGCCUAAAUAAAACUGCGAUCGGUGAUUAUUUAGGAGAGAGAGAGGAUCUCAACAUUGCAGUUCUCCAUGCCUUUGUGGACCUUCAUGAGUUUACAGACCUUAAUUUGGUGCAGGCUCUAAGACAAUUCCUAUGGAGUUUUCGCCUGCCGGGAGAGGCACAGAAAAUUGACCGCAUGAUGGAGGCAUUUGCACAAAGAUACUGCAUGUGUAACCCAGGCGUGUUUCAAUCCACAGACACAUGCUAUGUUCUAUCGUUUGCUGUUAUCAUGCUGAACACUAGUCUACACAAUCCCAAUGUUCGCGAUAAGCCUAGUGUUGAGAGAUUCAUCUCAAUGAACAGGGGCAUCAAUGAUGGAGGAGAUCUUCCUGAGGAGCUGCUCAGGAACUUGUACGACAGCAUCAGAAAUGAACCAUUUAAGAUCCCAGAGGAUGAUGGGAAUGACCUGACUCAUACAUUCUUUAACCCUGACAGGGAAGGCUGGCUCCUAAAAUUGGGUGGUAGAGUGAAAACGUGGAAGAGACGUUGGUUUAUUCUAACUGAUAACUGUUUGUAUUACUUUGAAUAUACUACGGAUAAGGAGCCACGUGGUAUCAUUCCAUUGGAGAAUCUUAGUAUUCGGGAAGUUGAGGAUCCAAGGAAACCAAACUGCUUUGAGCUUUACAUUCCAAAUAACAAAGGGCAGUUGAUAAAAGCUUGCAAGACAGAAGCAGAUGGCAGAGUGGUGGAAGGCAACCAUAAUGUGUAUAGAAUUUCGGCACCAACGCAAGAAGAAAAAGAUGAGUGGAUCAAGUCUAUAAAGGCAGCUGUAAGUGUGGACCCAUUCUAUGAGAUGCUGGCUGCUCGGAAGAAAAGGAUCUCGGUCAAGAAAAAGCAACAAAUGCAACAGCAGCAGCAGGAACAGUCUUAAAAAGGACACACAAUGUUGUUUUGGCAAUACUGCCAUCUUCUGGCCUGCAGUCUCUUCCAAACACUCCUUUGCAAGGUGAAGCUUGCAACUUUAUACUGGUUGUCUGUUAUUGGGGAGGGGGGGCAGGACUGGUUCAAAAGACUUUGAACUUGCAGCUGGAGUGUGUCUGGUCUUAUAUCAUUUCAAAACUUUUUUAUGAAGAUGUUUGCUACAGAUGCCAAUGCAAAUGAGCCAGUUUGUAGAUUUUCUAAUAAUGGACUAAAAUUAGGUGUUUUUUUU